AUGAGAAUCAAUGUACAGAAUGUUAGUCACCAGGAGGUCGUGUCACUGCACCUGCCUCUUAUCAUUGGAGAGAUUGAGUCGGCAACACCUCUCAGUCAGGCUCAUGUGGAAGUUUGGAAUGCUUCAUGGCCCCAGUAUACAAAAUUGCAGUGGCCAGUUAUAGACAGAACAUUCAAAGCUCUUGUUAGACUGGGAAUUGGAGAAAAUGUCAUACAUUUGAAAUUUGAAAAUGAAUUAUCAACGAUACAUCUCAUCCGCGAGAUGCCACAUUUUGUCCAUUUUGUCCGUCCAGUGUACAUUGUAUGUUCAGACAACGAUGGCUAUUUUCAGGCCCCAGCAGAUGAGGACUGUUCUCCAAACAGUGCUCAGGAAAGAAUUAAACUGGCAGCCAUGUUGAUUCAGACAUUCACAGCAGAAAAGAUGAGAGAACAUGGGUUUGGGAGACAGAACUUUCAGUUGGAACUGGAUGAGUGUGGGGAACCUAUCUGUCACAUUUUUCAGAGUAAACUAACGUUAGAGGAAGCUCACAGUAAAACAGGAAAUGAACUGUGGACGUACUUUGCAAAAGAACUUGUGACCUCAGACUUGAGUAAGAAAGAAACAUGCAAAUGGUUUUGUUUUAUGUCUUUCACAAGGUAUUUUCCACCAGAAGGCAAAAUGCCAAAAACUCACGGCGAGGUUUUGAGCAAUACACGUGGCCAUACAGCAUUAGGAGGUGGUGGUCUUGCCCUUUUUGGAACAGGUAAUCUCCACACCUGGGCUCCCUCGUUAGAUCAGAUGUAUGCCUACUUCACAAACAACAAGAAGAUUGAUCGUAGGGAACUCAUGGAUGACAGUGCUUACAGAGAGUAUUAUUGGGCCAACUAUGCAACAGGGCUUGGCGCUUCUCUCCACGAACUUGGUCACACUUUUGACCUUGCACACACACCAACGGGUAUAAUGGCACGAGGAUUUGAUGACAUCUAUAAAGUCUUCACGAUACGAAAAUCAAGGAACCGGGACCGUAGCAAGACACGACACCACUACCGUAGUGGAAGUCGUGACAGCAACAUAUCCCGAACAUCCUCCACAAGCAGUGUGGAGAGCGUGACAGGAAGUAGUAACCAAUCAGCAGAAGAAAGUUCAGACCAAGGUCAAGGGUCAGGUCAGAGGUCAGGGAAAGAUAAAUCUUUAACUCAGGGUCAAAUUCAGCAGCAAAGCCAAAUACAUCAACGACCAACUCAACUAAAUAGAAAUAAGGAUGUAUGUUUUGGAAGUCCACUCAGGAAGACUAACCACACCAACAACUAUAUAGCACCCCCACCGGUUGUUGUAAAAAUGGAAAAGGGCUUUACUCCAGUCAAAUCUCCCUCCACACUGACUUUUAGUGUCAAGAACUAUGAUGGAACACAGCAACACAAGGUUGUUGCCCAUGACGAUGGGAUAGAGACAGUUACAGACAUGUUACUAGGGACAGAUGGCCGUCUGCUGGCCAAGUCCACCUCCAGAGAACGUACAUCAUCUUGUUCUUCUGUGAGUUCUACCUCUUCACUUCACUCGCCUAUUGGAACAACUCCAUCCAACCUCCCUAACUCACCCGAUGAGCCACUUGUCUUCCCAGAAGUCACCUUCAAAGAUGGCGGUGCCCACUGGUACCGAUCCUCUGCUGUGCUUCUCUUUUUCCACAAAUGGUUCAACAAGGCCAACCCAAAAGAUCCUAAAAAGCAGCCAAUAAUAUCAGGGUCAAAGGUCAUGGCCAUUGGAGGUAUCCGCCUUGUGGAGUUACGAAGUGACCCUGAGGGCAUUGUAUUUUUCCACUGGGAAUUCCUUCGGGAGACUCCACCCACAAAUUUUGUCCUCAAGCUGUCUGCAGUUCGGAACCUUCCCGCUGGGGCAGAAGUGGUCACAGUGCUAGUUGAAGACAGUUACGGGAAUAUCACUCGACGUAAAGUACGAUUGGGUGAUUUCCAGAAGUAA